GUUGAUGUAGCCGCCGAUAGGAACAACAAAAACAGGUUUUCAGACUUGCUGUCUGCCUCAAUAAAGCUUAAAAUAAAUAGAAAACACUUUCGAAAUGGAGUCCUUAUCACAGCUGGUUAAAUCCACUCUACCCAACUAUUUGUCCAACUUGCCGAUUCCCGACAGUGUCGGCGGUUGGUUCAAGCUUUCUUUCAAGGACUGGCUGGCCCUGAUUCCACCCACUGUGGUGGUCGCUGGAAUUGGCUACACCGGCUACCUGGCCUUCUGCCCGGCUGCCCAGGCCAGAUGCUCGGCCACUAAGAGCGGACGCUGCAACAACCAGAUCCGAAAGCACGAGCCCAAGGUGGUGGACACGAUCGAUGUGGAGGAUAUAGCGGACAAGGCCGCCUUCUGCCGCUGCUGGAAGAGCAAGAACUGGCCCUACUGCGAUGGCAGCCAUGGAGAGCACAACAAGCUGACCGGCGACAAUGUCGGACCAGUGGUGGUGAAGAAGCAAUAAGCUUGGUGGCUUGGUAGGAUCUGUCAUCCAUCGGUGCAUCCAGACACGUCUAGCAUUUCCUUAUUGAAAUUCUCGCAGAGCUUCUAGUUGCGUUUAGAACCAAGUUGAAUGGUUUACAUUUUUCGAAAUACUUCUACCCUGUCGGAAGGUCUGUCAGACCUUUGUAAUCGUAAGCAUUAAUUGAUAUUCAUGGAUUAAGUCAAAAGAAGCCAAUAAAAUUGCCUAAAAGAAA